AUGGAUUACUUUCCUUCUCCCGCAUUUACCAGCGCAGCAUCUUAUCUUUCAUCCGCAUCUUCGCUUCGUAAGGUUGACAAUAACACAAAGCUCGAGCUCUAUGGCUUAUACAAAUACCUGACUUUCUCCUCCACUCCUUCCGGCUCGAGACCAUCGAUCUUUGACAUGACCGGUCGGGCGAAAUGGGAUGCAUGGCAGCUCGCUGGACAAACGCAUCAAGAUCGACCCUCUGGCGCUGAGAAGCGCUACCUUGAGAUUGCUCAUAAGCUUGGCUGGGAAGAGAGUGCUGUCCAGACAAGCGCAGAGUCGGCACUGUCGAACAAAGGCAAGGAAAAGGCGACGGAAGAUGAUAUAUGGGAUAGUGAUUCAGAGCGAGGCUCCAGCGGGGGAGGUGGCGGGAUGGUGGUGGUUAGCUCGAUGCGCGCCCCGACGCCGGUAGAGGAUGAAACCUUCCACGGACUGGCAUUGUCUGGGGACGUGGGCAAGCUAGAGACAUUCAUAGGUUCGCAUUCAAACCUAGACCUCAAUGCUAGGGACGAAUACGGGUAUACUGCACUUCACCUUGCAUGCGACAGAGGCAAUACUACAGCUGUCCAGCUACUCGUACGCAAAGGGGCGGACAUCACAAUCAAGGACGCGGAUGGUUUUACGGCACGGGAGCUCGCAGAAGAAGCGGGGCGCGAGGACAUUGUCAAACUUUUCAGUCAAUGA